GGUACAGCCCAAGGCGGAAGCAGCUCCCAGACUGGACCGGCUCAAGGGUGCAGCUAUGGCUGCGGGCAUUCCCUGUACGCUUAUUACCAGCUGCUCCUCCACCUUCACCGGAGACCGGCUGGUGCAACAUAUCCUCGGAACAGAAGAUCUCGUUGUGGAAGCAACUGCCAACGAUGCUGUGAGGUUUUAUCCUUGGACCAUUGACAAUAAGUACUACUCAGCGGACAUCAAUCUCUGUGUAGUGCCGAACAAGUUUCUAGUCACUGCAGAGAUCGCAGAGUCCGUCCAAGCGUUUGUGGUUUACUUUGACAGCACCCAAAAAUCUGGUCUUGAGAGUGUCUCCGCAUGGCUUCCACUGGCAGAAGCGUGGUUACCUGAGGUGAUGAUCUUGGUCUGCGAUAGAGUGUGUGAGGACGGUGUAAACCGACAAAAAGCUCAGGAAUGGUGUAUAAAACAUGGCUUUGAACUGGUAGAACUUAGUCCAGAAGAGUUGCCUGAGGAGGACGAUGACUUCCCAGAAUCUACAGGAGUAAAGCGAAUUGUUCAAGCCCUGAAUGCCAAUGUCUGGUCCAACGUAGUGAUGAAGAAUGAUAGGAACCAAGGCUUUAGCCUCCUCAGCUCACUGGCUGGAGCAAACCAUAGCAUCGCAUCAGCAGACACCUGUCACUCACAGCAGCCCUGUUUGCCAGCAGCAGAUAGGACUGAAUCCCUCUUGGACCAUCGGGGUGGUGCGGCUAACACAGCAGAUGCUCAGGUUGAUAGCAUUGUGGAUCCCAUGUUAGAUCUGGAUAUUCAAGAAUUGGCCAGUCUUACUACGGGAGGAGGAGAUUUGGAGAAUUUUGAAAGACUGUUUUCAAAGUUAAAGGAAAUGAAAGUGUUAGGACGUCCAAACACUCCAGAGUCUCCUGUGCUGUUAGACGAAUUUCUUAAGAUAUAUUUUCCCCCUAGACAAGGCUGCGACGCUUCCUCACGAGCAGAGAAAGUUGCAUGCAGAAAAGGUUGCCAAAGCCUUCUGGAUGGCAAUUGGGGGAGACAGAGAUGAAAUUGAAGGCCUUUCAUCUGAUGAAGAACACUAAAUUAUUCAUACUAGGGUUUGACUAACAAAGUUGCUCCCUCUGCCUGAGAUAAUGCCCUGUUCAACCCAGUGAUAUUUUGCUGAACUUUUCAUCAUCAUGCCGGCUGCCUAACUCAUUUGUAGCAUCCCCUUGAUUUUAGUUUUUAGUAGAGGGUUAAGGAGAGAGUUCUCCUCCCUCAGUGUAUUAUAAGGGAGUGAGAAGUAUAGCAACAGUAAGGACUGAGAAUUUUUCCGAUACACUUUUUUCUAGGAACGGAGGUGGAAUAAGAGGCUCAGAGGCCUGUGUGGUUUGCCCCCGUUGAAGAAGAGUACCCCUCAGGCACCCUUAGUCAGCCUUCUAAGUGAUGUGCCCGUGUUCACACUCAGUUACUGCAGAUGAGGAGCGUGCGCCACCUCUCCUGGGUGGUCUGGAUUUUCUGCUUCCAAGGAACUCACUGCUCUGAACUUCGAUGCUUUGGGUGAGAAGAAAGGAAGCAGCUGCCAAUUUGAUUUGUGCUGUAGUAUAGGUGGGGCCCUCAGGUUAGUCUCUAGCUGAAAAAAAAAUGCUUCUGGGCAUUUCAAUGAAAAUACAAUGUCUGAGCUCACAUUAGAAAGUCUUGAGAAGCCAGUGUGAAUUUCUAGACCACAGUAAAUGAGGCAAAGCCUUCCUACUCUGGUAGGCAUAAAACAGACCCCUUUAUCAAGUUGUUGGGGGGAGGGAGGGGUUGCCUGUGUUAGAGGCAGAGAAACUUAAAUCCCUAAAUGGGCCACUGAAACAGUACGUGGUCACAUACUAAGAUUUUAGCAUUAGUGUUACGAACAAACUCUUCUUUCUUGAGUUCUCAUGAGAUGUCAGGUGUGUUGUCACACUUUAUACCCUCAAGAGAAGGCAAGUUUCUUCUUCCUUCUCUCCAAAAAACAGAUCACUGCCAAAAAAGUGACACUAAGGAGAGAGUGAGAUGGGGAAGGAUGUGACUUCCCGAGUACCUCCUGUUACUUCCGGGCUGAGUGGGUCAGCCCAGGGGAACUGACCACCAAAGGGAGAGUUUCCAAAGGAGCAGUGGGAAAUACAGCAAGUAAGUCAUCCCUGGUGUGGCCUCCGCCGCAGCUGUGCGUGGCAGAGCACACCAGAGCUGGACGGUGUGGAACGUGGGCUGAGAACUGCUCUCGGGCUGGUGCGCUCACUAGCAGACACAGGUUCAGACUCCUCUGGGCACAUCUUCCAAGCGCCUUGGAACGAGAGGUGGAUGGCAGGAGGAAAGGGUGGCUCAAGCGCCAGUCCAGGACGACCACGGGAGAGAAGGUUUCAGUGCUGGGAGCCGUUUCAGGACACUGGGGAGGCUGUCUUGCUUGGUGACUUUUUUUUUAACUAUUCUGAAGGAUUAUUGAGUCUGUAGUGUAACACCAUUCCAUCACUGUUUGUUUGGGAUGGCUCCGUCCACCAUUCAUUGGGAAUAUAAGGGAAGUUGGCUCCCUGUUGCAAAAUGAAAGGUGGAACACACUUUUCUUAAAACACGAGAGGUUUCAGGUAAUACAUUAGGAUCACAUGGUUACAGAAAACAGAUCAGAAAAAGCUGUGAACUUGAUUCCGUGGAUUAAACAAGCCAGCUGAUUAAAACGUGAUUUGUUUAUAAAGUCUGUUCAUGUGUGUUACGAUUUCGUUGUCAUUCAGUAGAGGAUGUAUGUGAAGGAGCCUUCCUUCACUGGAUUAGGCAUGUACGCAUGGCAGCCCCCUUCUAGCGGAAUAAAAGUAUCCAGUGGCGUCUACUAAAGACCCAGGUGAAGAAGAGUGAUCAUGAGCUAAUAGUGCAAUAAAAGUUAAAAUCUAUCUAAAGUAA